CCCAGUCAACAUGGCUGCCUCCGUGAGGAAAGCAGCCCACGACAUAGAAACGCGAAAACGGACCGACGAUGUGCUUCUGUCGGAGGGAAUCGACUUCAGCUCCCUGCUGCUGUCUCAGGCCGUUCUGGACGGACUCUCCUCCUCGGGCUUCCAGAAACCGUCCCCGAUCCAGCUCAAGGCGAUCCCGCUGGGCCGCUGCGGACUCGAUUUGAUCGUACAGGCCAAGUCUGGCACGGGGAAGACGUGCGUGUUCUGCACCAUCGCCCUGGACUCUCUAGUCCUGGAGAACCCAGCAACUCAGGUUCUCGUCCUGGCUCCUACACGUGAGAUAGCGGUGCAGAUCCACUCAGUGGUGAUGGCCAUAGGCUGUGCCAUGGAGGGCCUCGAGUGCCAUGUCUUCAUCGGGGGCCGGCCGGUGAGUCAGGACAAAACCCAUCUGAAGAAGUGCCACGUAGCCGUGGGCUCACCCGGUCGUAUCAAGCAGCUUAUCGAGCUGGGCAUGUUAUCCACCGCCAGCAUCAGGCUGUUUGUUUUGGAUGAGGCUGACAAGCUGCUGGAGGAGGGCAGCUUCCAGGAACAGAUCAACUGGAUCUUUUCCUCUCUGCCUGUGAACAAACAGAUGCUCGCGCUCUCUGCUACCUACCCAGAAUCCCUUGCUCAGCACCUUACCCGUUACAUGAGAGAGCCCACUUUUGUCAGACUCAAUCCCAGUGACAUGGGCCUCAAAGGUCUGAAACAGUAUUACAAGCUGGUGCAGUCCCAUCCGUUACCUCACAAGGUUUUCGAGGAGAAGGUGCAGCACUUGCUGGAGCUUUUCAGUAAAAUCCCAUUCAACCAGGCCCUGGUGUUCUCCAAUCUACACACGAGAGCUCAACACCUGGCAGACAUCCUGUCCUCCAAAGGCUUACCUGCUGUUUGUAUCUCAGGUGGUCUGAGUCAGGACCAGAGACUGGAGGCCAUGUCAAAACUGAAGCAGUACCAGUGCAGGGUGCUCAUCUCUACUGAUCUGACUUCCAGAGGUAUAGAUGCAGACAAAGUAAACUUGGUGAUAAACCUAGAUGUGCCACAGGACUGGGAGACGUAUAUGCAUCGAAUUGGACGGGCUGGCCGCUUUGGCACUCAGGGGCUGGCUGUGACCUACUGUUGCCAUGGCGAGGAGGAGAACAAGAUGAUGGCCAUUGCUCAAAAGUGCGGCCUGAAUUUGUCUACUUUGCCAUCCACCAUAGAGCCUGGGUUGAUGGACGAACCGUGUGACUGGGAUGUCUGCACCGAGGCUCUCACUCCAGGCCCCUUACCCCAGCUGUCAUCCAGGACAGACAAGAAGAAGCGUGCCAAGUCCGUCACAGAUCAAGCUGUGGAGCGCACUGGUCAAAGGCAGUCAGAGAAGACCCGUCCUGCACCUGGACUGGGAGUAAACGGUGAACAGAAUCCCAAAGAAAUAUCUCCUGCAAAGGACUCUCUCUCACAGUGUCCUCCUCGGGCGGUGCCCACUCGAAAGGAGCUGCAGGACGCUCUGCCAAAGAUCCCUCCUCUCAGCUCAUUCAAGAAGUGCAGGUCAAGGUUUAUGACCUUUGAGGAAGCUGAGCAGGACUUCCACAGUUUUAUCACUUCAGGCUUGGGAAGGUCAGUGGAGGUCAUCAGGCAGUUCAGAGGUGGAGAGGACAGUGGCCCCAAUGAUCAGAAUGGAGCGGGAGAGUCUUUGAUACUUACUGAUGACGGAGCUCAGAAUUUAAAACGAAACCGGUGGACAUCUUCACACCCAAGGUCAGCGUCCAGUUCUUCAAGCUCACAAUCGGAAGCGGAGGACAAGACAGAUCAGACUAGAGGAAAUAAAUACAGAGCAAUCACUAAGCCUCAGACUGAAGCUAGAGAAACAUCAACUGUGUCCAAACUACAGGCGGAGAGCACGAGAUCCAAAGCUUGUGCUCCUUCCGCACCCAAAAUGCAUCACCAGGCAGCCCGCGCAUCAAGUGGGAAAGCUUCGUCUCGGCCGGAGAACUCUGAAUCCAUACCAGUCGUUAAAUCGAGUGGGCAUCCCAGUCAGACGGCUCCAGCACAGACUGGCAGAAAUGAAUCUAGAAAGAUGAAAGAAAAGACUGGGAAACGGAGCAAAGAGAUUUCCGAGAAGAUAAACAGAGAGGAAAAGAGAGAACACGAUGUUGAGGAAGAAGAAGAGGAGGAGGAGGAGGAGGAGGAGGAGGAGGAAGAGUGGAGUGCCGACACUUACUGGAGAGCCAGCUACAGAGCCUGGAACGAUUACUACGCUUCCAUGUCUCCUUUUCAAGAGCAAGGUUACCAGAGCUACUACAGUAUAGCCCACAGCUGGAUGGCAGCUUAUCGUAUGAAUGCUGUCUACAUGGAAGAACUCCUGAAACACUGACACUGUCGGAAGAUCUCUGAAUGCCCCCCCCCCAGAGAAAUGAAUUCAAAUGUUUGCACUUCUGAUUUAUUUUUUUCUCAAUGAAUUAAUACCUUAAACUGUAUAUUACUUUUCUAAUAAAUCACCAGAAUGGAGCAUGUAUUUCAAAGCCCUCUUCUGAUAUACGUCUGUAGGAUUUAGGGGGAUAUAAUAGCACAAAUAGGUAUUUUCUUCAGUGUAUAAUCACCUGAAAGUAAGAAUUGUUGGGUUUUUAUUACCUCAGAAUGAGCUGUUCAUAUCUAGAUAGGGAGCAGAUCCUUGUCCACAGAGCCUUCCAUGUUUUACCGCCAUGUUUCCACAGUAGCCCAAAACAAACAAACCAAACACUGGCUCUAGAUAGAGCACUGAAGAAGUUCCAGCUGGUCGCAAUCUGCAUUCUUCACUGCUAGAUGCCACUAAAUCCCCCAAACUGCUCCUCUCAUACACUCACCAGCCACUUUAUUAGGUACACCUUGCUAGUUCCAGGUUGGACCCCUUUUGUCUUCAAAACUGUCUUAAUUCUUGGUGUCAUAGAUUCAACAAAGUGCUGGAUACAUUCCUCAGAUAUUUUGGUCCGUAAUGACAUGAUAGCAUCACACAGUUGCUGCAGAUUUGUCAAAUCUCCCGUUCCACCACAUCCCAAAGGUGCUCUAUUGGACUGAGAUCUGGUGACUGUGGAGGCCAUUGGAGUACAGUGAACUCAUUGUCAUGUUCAAGAAACCAGUUUGAGAUGAUUUGAGCUUUGUGACAUGGUGCGUUAUCCUGCUGGAAGUAGCCAUCAGAAGAUGGGUACACUGUGGUCACAAAGGGAUGGACAUGGUCUGCAACAAUACUCAGGUAGGCUGUGGUGUUUAAACCAUGCUCAGUUGGUACUAAGGGGCCCAAAGUGUGCCAAGAAAAUAUCCCCCACACCAUUACACCAGCACCAGCAGCCUGAACCGUUGAUACAAGGCAGGAUGGAUCCAUGCUUUCAUGUUGUUUACACCAAAUUCUGACCCUACCAUCUGAAUGUGGCAGCAGAAAUCCAGACUCAUCAGACCAGGCAACGUUUUUCCAAUCUUCUAUUGUCCAGUUUUGGUGAGCCUGUGUGAACUGUAGCCUCAGUUUCCUGUUGUUAGCUGACAGGAGUGGCACCUGGUGUGGUCUUCUGCUGCUGUAGCCCAUCUGCUUCAAGGUUGGACGUGUUGUUGGUUCAGAGAUGGUCUUCUGCAGACCUUGGUUGUAACGAGUGGUCACUGUUGUUAAUGAGGAGUUAAACAGGUGUACCUAAUAAAGUGGCCAGUGAGUGUAUAUAGUGUGAUGUCUUUAUGUUUGAACUUUAGAGUAUACAAAGCAUUCACAUCACAAGCCAUUCAUCAAGAGGGAGGUGAAGCCCAGCGCAAAAUUGCAGUUUACUAUAUGUAAUCUCUUCAGCAGGACAUGGCAAGGUCAGACUACUCCACAUGCUCCUGAUUACAGGCUAAUCAACCUGCGGCCAUUCAACCAAUCAGUGCUGGGCAAAACAAAAGCCAAGCACCCCUAAAUAAAUUGAUUUUAAUUUUUUUACCAUCUGUAGCGUUUAUGCCACCGAUUGAAAUCACCAUUACGCAGCGCUGAAUGGCUCCACUCUGAGCGCAGCACUGUGGACUGGAACAAGGAGACGGGUUUGUCCAGCAUGAGCCAAAAAGGUCUCUUUCCAAAGAUACUUCAUGAGCAGACGCACAAACCGGCGGUGACAUUAUGAACAUGUACACUUUCUGGAACGAAACAACCGCGCACAAUGAGACUCACAUGGACACUGUGUUUUUAAUAU